AUGACAAAUCCCACUUUAAAAGCAGUAGAUAACACUACUAAUGAAACGAGUGAAUCGAGCAAUGAUACUGCUGCCAACAGCAACAGCAAUCAAAAAAAGAAGAGAACUGGGCCCAAGAGGAGAAAAGUUACCCAUGCCUGUGUUUAUUGUAGAAGAUCGCAUAUGACUUGUGAUGAUGGACGACCCUGUCAACGCUGUAUCAAACGUAGUAUAGGCCAUCUUUGCCAUGAUGAAAUCAAGAAUACAGGCACGAGUAACAACAACGGCAGUGCCAAAAAGUCAAAAGCUGCCAAUCAUGCCAAUGGUUCUGUCAACAGAGCUACAGCAAACUCUUCCCCAUCCAACGCCACCACUGCCACCAACACUUCAGCUGCUUCAACCACACCUUCCAUACCUGUUGUACCACAACAUCUCGUUGCAACGCCUAGUAAUUUGGGUGGAUUACCACUUCAGUUCUUUGGCCAAAUGGGUUCUGGUCAAUUGACAUUUGCUAGUGAGCAUAUGGGCAAUGAGAUAUCCGUGAUUAGUAAUUUCCUUGAUUCACUUGGAUCAGAAGCUCAAAUCUUUCGGCCCGCAACAGCAUUACAGCAACAGCAGCAACUGCAACAAGCACAACAGCAGGCACAGGAGGUCAACUCUACGGAAAAGUUCUUUUUGACAGCUGCAGAUCCAUCUGACGGAAGAUUAGAAGAUCGCUUAACAGAAGUCAUCAAUGCAAAAUACGAAGCUGGGUUCUUGAAGCCCUACAACUACGUGAAUGGUUAUGCAAGGCUUCAGAAAUACAUGGACAGCAAUAUGUCGGCCUCAACCAGACAGCGCAUCCUCAAUGUGAUGGGAACCUUUCGUCCUGCAUUUCGAUCUGUUGCUCAAUCAUUGACGGAUAUUGAUUUGAUUUUGGUGGAAGAAGCAUUUGAGCGUUUGCUUUUAGAUUAUGAUAGAGUGUUUAGUUCGAUGGGCAUUCCUGCUUGUCUGUGGAGACGUACAGGCGAGAUCUACAAGGGAAACAAAGAGUUUGCUUCACUCGUCAAUGUGCCCAUUGAAAAUCUUCGGGAAGGCCGAUUAUGCAUAUAUGAACUCAUGGCGGAAGAAUCAGCAGUGAAUUACUGGGAGAAAUAUGGGAACAUUGCGUUUGAUCCCGGGCAAAAAGCAGUUUUGACAUCUUGCUUGCUAAAGAGCACAACUCCACCACAAUCGAGCGUGAUAUCAUGCUGCUUUUCAUUUACCAUCAGGCGAGAUAAAUAUAAUAUACCUACGGUGAUUGUUGGCAACUUUUUACCUGUGCAGUUGCAGUGA